AUGGGCUUAUGUACGGCCACAUAUUACAUAGGAAUUUCGAGACGCGACGAACACCUUCGGAAGGACAUGAUGCUUGCAGACUUUGCGAAGGUACUCGAAUCCUCGACGCUGAUCAAACAGGGAGCCGAAGCCAAGGUGUACACGGUCGAGCUCGUCAAGCCAGCGGAAGGCCGACCAGGGAUCACAGUCCUACUGAAGUAUCGAUUCCCGAAGACCUACCGACAUCCGAGCUUGGAUAGCCAACUGACCAAGAACAGAUUGACCUUCGAAGCACGAUCGUUGACGCGUGCACUCAAGACCGGAGUACGGGUGCCGGUUCUGAAAGGCUUGGAUCUCGAACAGGGUUGGUUGAUGUUGGAAUGGAUCGAAGGAAUCAGUCUCCGUGAAUGGCUCCAAGAACACCAACAGCACGAGCAAUCCCAGGAAGAACUCCUCAAUCUGUUAUCCGACGUGGGCACUCAGAUCGCCAAGCUACAUUCAGCCGACAUCAUCCACGGCGACCUGACCACCUCGAACAUGAUGUUGAGAGCCUCCAAGUCUCAGGGCCCCUCUAGGAGCAACCAAGAGGUAGUGAUGAUCGAUUUUGGUCUCUCAUCGGUGACCUCAUUAGUCGAAGAUAAGGCCGUCGACCUCUACGUCCUCGAGCGCGCCUUCCUCUCCACUCACUCUGACCCUAACAAUCGAUCCCUCAAGCAUUCCUCCCCACUCUUCGAAAUCGUCCUCCAAGCUUAUGCAAACUAUCUGUCUCAAGAAUCUUGGAUCGCUAUCAACACUAGACUGGCUAACGUCCGCAUGCGUGGUCGCAAACGGAGUAUGGUCGGAUAAUCAUUCUUGACAAGCAAUCAGAAAAAAAAACACCGCUCAUGAACCUGUUUCCGG